CGAGUCGCCAGUUCCCGUCUCAGUUUUCACCCAGCUUUCUCCUUGACACUAUAACUCAGUGUGCAGCCCUCGCGAAGCUCUGACAGUCGCCUAGCUUUCAACUAAAACACUGGUUAAAAAUCCUACAAUUCACCGUUGAAAAAUCUUACUGUUAAAUCUUUAUUGAUUUGCUAAUAUCUUCUCAGGAGUUCGAUACCGUAUAAAUAUUUAAGUAUCAAUACGCCAUUGAGGGCAUUCUUUAAAAAGGGCAAUUUAUUAGUCUCAAGUUUGUUGGGAGAAAGGCGGUGCGUCUCUUCGUUCGGCUGGUAGAGUGAGCAUAAAUUUUAACAAGAGGCAAUUUAUUGGGUGUAAUAAUUGUGUUUCACAUCACUUCACACAUUUCAAGGAGCUCAGAAGAAUAAGUUUUGGCCCACCUUGUUGAAGAUAAAGUCAGGGUCCGACCAACCGGACUGGGUUUCAAGUCAUUUGGUCUGCUUGCGUGCGUGCCAGGAAAAGGAAAGUUUAGCAAGUUUAACGAAGCAUUUGAGUUGGGCCGGCAAUGGCAUCAGCGACUUUGAACAGUAGCCCGUCGGACGGACAAUUGAAAGUGAACGUGGAGAAAUGUCAAAAUUUCAUGAGACAAUUCCGAGAUCCCACCAGUCGAGAAGUGAAAAAGCUAACUGCGAAUCAGUUUAUGGAAGUAUGGAAUCACUAUGAUCAGGAUGGGAACGGGUACAUCGAAGGAACAGAGUUGGAUGGAUUUCUUCGAGAAUUCGUCGCCAGCGUCAAUGCGUCCGACACUGCUCCGGAGGCGGUGUCUGAUGCCAUGUUGGUGGAGCUAAAACAGUGCUUUAUGGAGGCAUACGACGACAACCGAGACGGAAAGAUCGACAUCCGUGAACUUGCGCAACUUCUUCCGAUGGAGGAGAAUUUCCUUCUCUUAUUCCGCUUUGACAACCCUCUUGAAUCUAGCGUUGAAUUUAUGAAGAUAUGGCGUGAGUACGACACAGAUGGGAGCGGCUACAUAGAAGCUGAUGAGCUAAAGAAUUUUCUGAGAGAUCUUUUGCGCGAAGCAAAGAGAACCGAUGUUACCGAAGAUAAGCUGAUUGAAUACACUGACAGCAUGCUGCAAGUGUUUGACGCCAACAAGGAUGGAAAGUUGCAGCUUUCAGAAAUGGCCAAGUUGCUUCCUGUGAAGGAGAAUUUCCUCUGUCGACAAGUAUUCAAGGCCGGAUUUUCCGGGGCAACAAAAUUAACCAAGGAUGACAUUGAGCGAGUAUUCUCUCUCUAUGAUCGGGAUAACAGCGGCACUAUCGAGAACGAGGAACUUAGAGGGUUUCUGAAGGAUCUCCUGGAACUUGCAAAGAAGGAUUACGACGUCCAAGAUCUGGCCGAUUUUGAAGAAACAAUUCUCAGUGGGUGUGACCUCAAUAGAGAUGGAAAGAUAAAUAAGAAAGAAUUGACCAUGAUUCUUCUCGCUAUAUCCAAGCACUCUCAAGAUGAGUAGUUCUCAUUCAUUCCUUCAUCCUGCUCUUGCUGCUGGUUCUCCAAUAUUGUAGCUAAUAAGCAUUCACCUUUAACUAUUAUGAUGCAAAAAGUGUAUAUGUAUGUACAUUUAUUCACACGUUAAACGUAUUGCCGUCACAGAAUUUUCUCCAAGUUGCAUGUGCUCGUCGUGUUCCAUAUUGUUAUAUUCCAUGAUAUACACUGUUAGCUUCGUUGCUAAUUUUACAAUUUAAAAAAAUAAGCUGUAAUUGAAGUUGAGUACGUGGCAUCAUUCCAUAUCACUAUGUCAAAGCACGCUUUAUCAUGCACAUGCCAGUGAUUGUGAAUACGGAUUUAGCCAGCGCCUACAUAUUUUACUCUUUAGUGUAAUUUAGUUAUUUUUAAAAUAAGAGCCCAACAAACAACAUUAUCAUAUCCACUCGCAGGUACAUAUUCCAGUUAAAACUAUUUCUGUAGGAGAUUCGACUCAUCAUAGUGAAUAGGCUUCAUUUCUCUAAAACGAAAUUGGCAUUACCUCAAUGCAUUCCCUUUACCUAUAAAAUAUUAGCUAUUGCAAUGCAUCACAGCAGGUUACUUACACAGUAGACUACAUAUUUACAUAUGUACAUAUGUAUAUGCUAACCAAACACCAUUCAAAAAUAAAAACAGUAUCUUUCAGCGUUAUUAAAUCAAAUUGGAGACAAUUAAUAAUGAAAUAAAUAUAUGUACGUACAUGCAAGAGUUGCUUAUCAAAAAUCGUAGUUUGUUAGAGACAUUCAGCAGCAUUAAACAGUGUUAACCUUAAGAUUAAUUGCACUCUGUCACGGUAGAAAACUUGCUACAGUCCAUCAAUACGAUUCUCCAUGGCUCUAGUGAGGUACAAGUUGAUGAUACUUACAUCCAUAGUACACAACAGUGCGUGUGCAAAACUUGGCAAUAGUUAAUAGACAUGCUGUGCGAAUAUGUAUAUGACAAUGUUAUGAUAGAAAGUAAACUAUUUGAAACUCAUUUAAAUUUUAUUGGACAAAUAAGCAAUACAAUUUGUUAACAAAAACUUGACACUUAUUGGGUUGUUGUGCUACUCUUUAUCCGUGCCAAUGGAUUUGACGUUCAAGAACGAGCAAAAUUCUAAAUUAUUUGUCAACGUCAAUCAGCGGAGACUAAAUAAUACAUAUUAAAAAUUGUACGUCGCUUGCUAAUUCCAAAAAUUCGG